AUGAGUACUGAGAUCGAGGAGUCAUGGGCUCAGGCACCAUCAGCGCCGCCUCAACCACCACUUUCCUUGGAUUUGGAUCACCCUGGGCCUCUUACAAAGCAAACAAAUCCUGCCUCCUCUAACUUGAAUUCACAUUCUCCAGUACCUUGGUCCUCUGGUCUCUGCGAUUGUUGCAAUGAUGUUAGCAGUUGUUGCUUAACGUGCUGGUGCCCAUGUGUUACAUUUGGGCGCAUUGCAGAAAUUGUUGAUAGAGGAUCGACAUCAUGUGCGAUGAGCGGAGCACUUUACACAUUAAUAUUGUGCGUGACGGGUUGCUCGUGUUUGUACUCAUGCUUUUACCGAUCCAAGUUGAGAGGACAGUAUUUCUUGGAGGAGAGCCCAUGCACAGAUUGCUGCAUCCAUUGUUGUUGCGAGGAAUGUGCUUUGUGUCAAGAGUAUAGAGAACUCAAGUCUUGUGGCUUUGACAUGUCUAUAGGAUGGCAUGGAAACAUAGAAAGGCAGAAACGAAUUGCUGCAAGUCCUCCGGCAGUACAAGGAGGGAUGGCGCGGUAG